AUGGAAGGCACUACUGCAGGCGAAAGCGCCGAUAUUACGAAGCGUAUUACACGAACCGUCGUGACCCGCUCUAACUAUGGCACCAGCUCAGUCUCUGGUGCUGAAGAAGCCGGAACCCUCGGCUACGGCGGGUCAUUGACUGGCGGAGUCCUAACCAGUGGAGCACUAACUACUGGUGGAGCUGGGGCUGCUGCUCUGUCUCUUGCAACUGGUGCGGCUGCUGCUGGUGGUGGUUUGAACAUGACGUCGGUCUAUGACACGGCGAUCAGCUCUGAGACGCUGUUAUCGACCGGAUCAACGGGAAGUUUGGAUCGUGUGCAGGGGGAUUUGAGCAGUUUCCGACGCCGUAUCGAUGCGAACACCGAGGAACAACACGAGCACGCCAGUAUGAUGGCCGGUCUACAGCAUAAGGUAGACUCUUUGCAGUUGGAACAAGCUUCACGCAAAAUUUUCCACUGA